AUGGUCAAGGCCGUCGUUGCUGGUGCCGCUGGUGGCAUUGGACAGCCGCUAUCGCUGCUCUUGAAGCUGUGUCCGCUUGUUGACGAGCUCGCUCUCUACGAUGUUGUCAACACGCCAGGUGUUGCUGCCGAUCUGUCGCACAUUUCGUCCAACGCGAAAGUGACGGGCUACCUUCCCGCCAACGACGGUGUCCGUGCCGCCUUCAAGGAUGCUGACAUCAUUGUCAUCCCGGCCGGCAUUCCCCGCAAGCCGGGCAUGUCCCGUGAUGACCUGUUCAACAUCAAUGCUGGCAUCGUCAAGGGCCUCAUUGAGGUCGCCGCCGAUGUUGCGCCGAAGGCGUUUAUCCUCGUUAUCUCCAACCCCGUCAAUUCGACCGUGGUCAUCUCUGCCGAGGUGCUCAAGGCCAAGGGCGUCUUCAACCCCCAGCGUCUCUUCGGUGUCACUACACUCGACAUUGUCCGCGCUGAGACCUUUGUUGCCGAGAUUGCCGGAAAGUCCAACCCCCAGGAGCUGACGGUGCCUGUCGUCGGCGGCCACUCUGGCGAGACCAUUGUGCCACUUUUCAGCCAGGUUCAGCCUGCUGUCACGAUCCCGGAUGACAAGUACGAUGCUCUUGUCAACCGUGUCCAGUUCGGUGGCGACGAGGUUGUCAAGGCCAAGGAUGGUGCUGGCUCUGCCACCCUCAGCAUGGCCUACGCCGGUUACCGCUUUGCCGAGAAGGUCCUCAAGGCCCAGAAGGGUGCUAAGGGCCUCGUCGAGCCUUCCUACGUGUACCUUCCCGGCAUCCCGGGCGGUGCCGAGAUCGCAAAGAAGACCGGCACCGACUUCUUCUCCGUUCCCAUCGAGCUUGGGCCCAACGGUGCCGAGAAGGCUAUUGACCCCCUUGCCAGCAUUACUGAGAAGGAGAAGAAGCUGCUGGAGACGGCAAUUAUCGGUCUCAAGGACAACAUCGGAAAGGGUGUCAAGUUUGUCCAGACGCCCGCGCAAAAGUGA